CAGAAAUGGAUUCAAUCUUACUGCGUUACUCUCCAAAUUCUACUCUUGUACACCAGAACGGCGCCGUUUCAUUCUCUACCAGACGAACUACUGCUAGUACGACUACUACUUUGCCAUUCAAAUCAACCUUGUUCGGCAACAAAACGCUUUCACGGGAGAAAACCCGAUUUCGACCCGGACCCGUUCACUUUUCUGCCGCGAAUUCAACCUCUGCUUCAUGUCACACAUUCGACGUUGUGAUAAUCGGUGCUGGCAUUAUCGGGUUGACCAUCGCCCGUCAGUUUCUUUUCGGGUCGGAUCUAUCCGUUGCUGUUGUUGACAAAGCCCUCCCGUGUUCUGGUGCCACCGGUGCCGGGCAGGGCUACAUAUGGAUGAUACACAAGACACCUGGGAGUGAAAAAUGGGACUUAACAAUGAGAAGCCAUAAAUUGUGGAAGAAGUUUGCGGAGAGUGUAAGUGAUCAAUGCUUGGACCCUCUUCAAGUACUGGGAUGGAAAAAGACGGGAAGUUUGUUAAUUGGUAGGAAUCCUGAAGAGUUGGUUUUGUUACAAGAGAUGGUUAAGCAGCUGUGUGAAGCUGGUUUGAGAGCAGAAUACUUGCCUGGUAGUGAUUUGCUUCAAAAGGAACCUGAACUAAUGAUUGGAGAACAUAGUGGAGCUGCCUUUCUACCAGAUGACUGCCAGUUGGAUGCUAGGCAUACCGCUGCGUAUAUUGAAAAGGUUAACAGAGAUUUUGCAUCAAAAGGAAGAUAUGCAGAGUUCUUCCAUGACCCUGUUAAAUGUUUGUUAAGAUCUCAUAGCACUGGUGAGGUUGAAGCAGUUCAGACUUCCAAGAACACCUUAUACUGCAAGAAAGCUGUCGUAGUUGCAGCUGGUUGUUGGAGCGGAUCUUUGAUGCAUGACCUAUUUAGGGAAACAGAUAUUGUAUUGGAUGUUCCUGUAAAGCCUCGAAAGGGUCACUUGCUUGUGCUUGAGAAUUUUAAUCCUCUUAAAUUGAAUCAUGGUACGAUGGAGGUGGGUUAUACUUAUCAUCAUAAUCUGACUAUGGAUCCAGGACAGCAAGAGAAUGGGCAGAUGUUGUCUAUUUCGAUGGGAGCCACUACAGACAUGACAGGAAACCUUGUUCUCGGGAGCAGCCGCCAGUUUGCAGGGUUCGACACAGAAGUGGAUGAGUCAAUAAUUGAUGGUAUAUGGAUGCGGGCUGCGGAGUUCUUUCCCAAAUUAAGAGACUUUUCUCUCACAAAUUUAAGGAGCAGAAAAGUGAGGAUAGGAUUGCGCCCUUACAUGCCUGAUGGAAAACCAGUUAUUGGGCCUGUCCCCAGUUUAUCAAAUGUGUUUCUUGCAACUGGUCAUGAAGGAGAAGGACUUUCUCUGGCUUUGGGAACUGCAGAAAUGGUUGCUGAUAUGGUAUUGCAAAAUCCUCUAAAGGUUGAUGGAGCACCAUUUGCCGUUCAGGGUCGAUGUUGUUGAUAUCUGAUAAAAUGUUAGCCAAUGAAGAACAAUGGAGAACAAUUUAUCAGCAUUUUCUUAGGCUGCUGGUAGUAGGAUUUGUUCUCAGAGCAAUCUCAAGGUCCCUUACAUCCUAAUGUGGGUAAUUUAUGUCUUGGGCUCGGCAUUCUCUCAAGUGUGUUUGAUGUCACCAUCUACUAUAUCUGCAAAUAUUUCCCUUGUGUGGAUUUCGUGAGAAAAUGUCUGCUGGAAUGCUGCUUCAAGGGCUCCAAGAAGUUUUCACUGAAGAAUUCGAUGUCCGAUUGGUAGAUAGGAGUUGUGCAAUGGUGGUAUUUUGGACACAGUUUGUGUGAAACUUGUGUGGACUGUGGAUAUAAUGAACAGCAAAUAAUAUUUCUGGAGCUUUGAA